GCUGGCAGAUACGUUCGGUAGAUUACUCCUUUCUGCUCGUGGACGCCGCCGAGUAAGCAUCGUUAACGUCUCCCCCGCCCCCCCUCCACUGCCGUCAUGUCUAAGUCAGAGUCACCCAAAGAGCCCGAACAGCUGCGGAAGCUCUUCAUCGGAGGUUUGAGCUUUGAAACAACCGAUGAGAGUCUGAGGAGCCAUUUUGAGCAGUGGGGAACGCUCACAGAUUGUGUGGUAAUGAGGGAUCCAAACACCAAACGCUCCAGAGGCUUCGGGUUUGUCACAUAUGCCACUGUGGAGGAGGUGGAUGCGGCCAUGAAUGCAAGGCCACACAAGGUGGAUGGAAGAGUUGUGGAACCAAAGAGGGCCGUCUCAAGAGAAGAUUCUCAAAGACCUGGUGCCCACUUAACUGUGAAAAAGAUUUUUGUUGGUGGCAUUAAAGAAGACACUGAAGAACAUCAUCUAAGAGAUUAUUUUGAACAGUAUGGGAAAAUUGAAGUGAUUGAAAUCAUGACUGAUCGAGGCAGUGGCAAAAAGAGAGGCUUUGCUUUCGUAACCUUUGAUGACCAUGACUCCGUAGACAAGAUUGUCAUUCAGAAAUACCACACUGUGAAUGGCCACAACUGUGAAGUAAGGAAAGCCCUAUCUAAGCAAGAGAUGGCUAGUGCCUCAUCCAGCCAAAGAGGUCGAAGUGGUUCUGGAAACUUUGGUGGUGGUCGUGGAGGUGGUUUUGGUGGGAAUGACAACUUUGGUCGUGGAGGAAACUUCAGUGGUCGAGGUGGCUUUGGUGGCAGCCGUGGUGGUGGUGGAUAUGGUGGCAGUGGGGAUGGCUAUAAUGGAUUUGGUAACGAUGGUGGUUAUGGAGGAGGCGGCCCUGGUUACUCUGGAGGAAGCAGAGGCUAUGGAAGUGGUGGACAGGGUUAUGGAAACCAGGGCAGUGGCUAUGGCGGGAGUGACAGCUAUAACAACGGAGGAGGCGGAGGCGGCUUUGGCGGUGGUAGUGGAAGCAAUUUUGGAGGUGGUGGAAGCUACAAUGAUUUUGGCAGUUACAACAAUCAAUCUUCCAAUUUUGGACCCAUGAAAGGAGGAAACUUCGGAGGCAGAAGUUCUGGCCCCUAUGGUGGUGGAGGCCAAUACUUUGCCAAACCCCGAAACCAAGGUGGCUAUGGUGGUUCCAGCAGCAGCAGUAGCUAUGGCAGUGGCAGAAGGUUUUGAUUACUGCCAGGGAGGAGUGUGCUACUACAGGCUUAGCAACUCUUAAAAAACAAAAUUCCAGUUCAAGCUCAUGGCUAAAAGGUAGGUUUUUAUAAAGUAACAGUGCUUAGUAUUCCUAAAGUAAAAUGCCAAGCUGUGCCUCAGAACUUAAAGUAAGAUCUCAUAAUUUGUUCUAUUAUCUGAUCUAACAGACUGUAGCCAGCAAAAAGCUAUUAAAGCAAUUGGAUUCUCAGUAAAGAGAAUGGAUGUAAUUGUAGAAUCUCACCUGCUUAUGUAUAUACUUUCUUCUUUUUUGCAGGACCAUCCUUAUGAGGACCUUUAUCUGAGCCACUGUGCACUUCAUUUUCACUGCCAUGCAGUAGUCAUUAGCUGCUGUGCAGCUUGAAUUAAUCAUUCAAUUUUGUGAAUGGACUUUUUAAAAAUAAAAUGCGUUGAACUUGG